GAGGGAACAAGUGUGAGUAGUCAGACGGUUAAACAAGUUGCGGAGCAAAAUGGAUAUCACAAACAAGUGAAGGAGAAGAAGCCUCAGCUUCCACCAGCAACUGUGGAGCAGAGGAAAGAGUGGGCUGAGGACAACAAGGAAAGAGAUUGGAAAUGUGAGAUCUGGACAGACGAGACUACGGUGGAGAAAUUCAAUCCAAAGCAUUUCACUGUCAAUUUUCACGGUACAAGAGUUGUUGUCCAUGUUUGGGGAGCAAUCACGUUUGACCACAAACGGCCGUUAUUUUGUAAACCUGUGGAGAUAGUGAAGAAACCCGGAGGUGGUACUCAAACAGUUAGCCUCAAUACUCGCAAGUAUAUUGAUCUCAUUUUGAGACCGCUACUGCAUGUCUAUGCAGUCCAACUGGAGGAGGAAAACGGAUGGGAAACACUGAUCAUGGUUGAUGGUCAUCCAGCACACAGGGCAGGAGAGACCCGUGUGGUUGAGCCAGAAUUAGGACUCAAACGUGUCACGAGAACCAACUAA